AUGUUCAGGAUAUUUCGGUACAUCGCAGCGAAAGAUGCGUUCGAGGCCUUUUACAAAAAGGAUCUGGCACGACGAUUGCUUCUGCAACGGUCCAUUUCUCGCGAAGCUGAACUAUCCGCAGUAUUAGAGCUUCGAGAGGAGUGCGGCAGUGCAUACACAGCUGGAAUUGAGGGAAUGUUCCAGGACCUGGAAAUCUCUCGAGUGCUGAGUCAAAGCUUUGAGGCUACCGCACAAGCAAAGCAGCUCCUUGACGAGACCGGUGUUGAGUUCGUCGCCUCCGUCCUGACAGCAGGCAGAUGGCCCGCUCAGCCCAGUGCCGACAUCUCGGUUCCUUCGAUUCCGUUCCGCCUGAUGACAUGCUUUACAAAUUUCUACCAGCGGCAACACACGGGACGUUCCCUGUCAUGGUGCCCAGCUUUGGGCCAGUGUGUUCUGCGAGCUACAUAUGGCACAGCCAGCCAGACUCGCAAGGAAUUCGUGGUAUCCCACUUUCAGGCACUCGUUCUUCUCUGCUUCAACUCAGCCGACUCUCUAAGCUUUGGGGACAUCGCGGAAGCUACGCAGAUUCCGCAGGCUGAUCUACAACUGACGCUGCAAAGCCUGACACAUAAAGCUGUCAAAAUCCUGCUCAGAGACCGUGCUGAGCAAGACGUCCAAUCCACAGAUAGAGUUUCGUACAAUGGUGGCUUUACCCACAAGCUCCACAGAAUCACCGUUGCCACGAUUUCGCCGAAGGAGCAACUGCAAGAAGAGGAUGCUGCGGAGCAGAGGGUCGUAGGUAGCCGCCAACAUGAACUUGAUGCCGUCAUCAUUCGUAUCAUGAAGGCUAAAAGGAAACUAUCGCACUCAGAGCUUCUGGCAGAUGUUCUGGCUUCCGUUCGCUUCCCUGCCGAAGUCGUGGACAUCAAGCGGAGGAUUGAGUCGCUCAUUGACAGGGAGUAUUUGGAGAAGCACGUUCUCCACGAUCAGGGCAUCGCAUGCUAUAUUUAUCUGGCAUAG